GUGUGUGUGUGUCCGUCCUUGCUGGGUAUUAUUGGUUGUGUUUCUUGAACUUGUUUGUCCUGAUUCCUGUGAGCUCAGGAAAACAGGAAGUGUGGCAAUUCGCUAGUACGUAGAGAGAGCGAGAGAGAGAGAGAGAGCGAGAGAGAGAGACUAUGAAUGUAACUACAGCCUUCCUGCGGUUUCUGAUGUAAUCACUGUAUUUCCUUUUAUAUAAGUAGUCCUGUGUAUUCAAAUAAAUGACAGGACUACAAACUAUGAAGCCCUGCAUCUAUUUCACAAUUAAAACAUUUGAAAAAUAAGUGAAUUGAUUCAGUCGACAGAAACACUGCAGUGCUUUGAUAUGGAAAUGGGUCGGCUACAGGAAGUGUUAUUUUAGUUUGUGAAAUUUUCAACAGAUAAACAUUGGAACUGGUGUUUAAGGUCAUUUCACUGUGGUGUGCUGUAAACUGAGCGCAGAACCAGAAGGAAAUAGACCAGACCUUGAAUAUCUAGAAGAGCAGCGUGGCCUGAACCACAACUGAGCCGCAGCCGGUGCAACAUGGACGAGGACAUUUCAGAGCAAGUUGGACCCUCACACACAAAAGGUCAGGACCACAGACUGAGAGCAGAGUCUCCAGAGUUCAGCUGUCUGUCUCUGAAGAGUGACAUGUCCAAAGAUGAUCCUCUAAACUUCAGUAAUGAACCUGGACCCUCACACACAAAAGGUCAGGACCACAGACUGAGAGCAGAGUCUCCAGAGUUCAGCUGUCUGUCUCUGAAGAGUGACAUGUCCAAAGAUGAUCCUCUAAACUUCAGUAAUGAACCUGGACCCUCACACACAAAAGGUCAGGACCACAGACUGAGAGCAGAGUCUCCAGAGUUCAGCUGUCUGUCUCUGAAGAGUGACAUGUCCAAAGAUGAUCCUCUAAACUUCAGUAAUGAACCUGGACCUUCACACACAGAGGAGAGGAAGAGGAGUCAUGUUUCUGAGGAGGAGCAGUCGUCCUGCUGUGCUUCGUGUCAGGACGUCCUGAAGGAUCCAGUAUCAAUUACCUGUGGACACUGGUUCUGCAGACAGUGCAUCACCUCAUACUGGGACCAGUCUGGUUCAUCAGGAGACUCCUCCUGUCCCCAGUGUGGACAAAGAUCCAGAACAGGAGCUGGAGAUCGUGGUCUGCAGGAGGUUUUGGAUGAACAUAAGCUCAGUGUGAGGAGGAGAUGUGAACAUGUGACUGAAGGAAGUGAUGAAACAGGAAGUAGAACCCUCCUCAACAGGAUCUACACUGAGCUCUACAUCACAGAGGGACAGAGUGAAGAGGUUAAUACUCAACAUGAGGUGAGGCAGCUUGAGACGGCUUCCAAGAUGAAGAUCCUCCACGACACUCCCAUCAAGGUCCACGACAUCUUUAAAGCCUCCACUGACCAGCAGAGCAGCAUCAGAGUCGUCCUGACCAACGGAGUCGCUGGCGUUGGAAAAACCUUCUCGGUGCAGAAGUUCACUCUGGACUGGGCAGAGGGUUUAGAGAACCAGGAUGUGGGUCUGCUGGCUGUGCUUUCCUUCAGGGAGCUGAACCUGGUGAAGGACCAGCAGCACAGUCUUCUCACGCUGCUCCAUGUUUUCCAUCCAGCGUUACAGAAGCUCACGGCAGAGACGCUCACUGUCUGUAAACCUUUGUUCAUCUUUGACGGCCUGGAUGAAAGCAGACCUUCUCUGGACUUCAACCACAGGGAGCUUGUGUCUGAGGUCACACAGAGGUCAUCAGUCAACGUGCUGCUGACAAACCUCAUCCGGGGGAAUCUGCUUCCCUCGGCUCUCGUCUGGAUAACCUCCAGACCUGCGGCGGCCAAUCAGAUCCCUCCUGCAUGUGUUGACAGGGUCACAGAAGUACGAGGCUUCACUGAGGCCCAGAAGGAGGAGUACUUCAGGAGGAGGUUCAGUGAUGAAGAGCUGUGCAGCAGAAUCAUCUCACACAUCAAGACGUCCAGGAGCCUCCACAUCAUGUGUCAAACCCCAGUCUUCUGCUGGAUCAGUGCUACAGUUCUGGAGCACAUGUUGACCACAGACCAGAGAGGAGAGCUGCCCAAGACCCUGACUGACCUGUACUCACACUUCCUGCUGGUUCAGACCAAGAGGAAGAACAACAAGUACGGUGAGGGACAUGAGACGACUCCACAGCAGCUGACGGAGGCUGACAGGGACGUUCUCCUGAAGCUGGGGAGGCUGGCAUUUAAACAUCUGGAGGAAGGAAACAUCAUGUUCUACCAAGAAGACCUGGAGUGGUAUGGUCUUAAUGUCACAGAGGCCUCGGUGUACUCAGGAGUUUGUACUGAGAUCUUCAGAAGAGAGAGUGUGAUCUUCCAGAAAUCAGUCUACUGCUUUGUUCAUCUGAGCGUUCAGGAGUUUCUGGCUGCAGUCUACAUGUUCCACUGUUACACCGAGAGGAACACAGAAGAACUCAACAGCUUCUUGGGAACAUGUAAGAGCACAGACAGUAUCUUCUCCCUGGAUGACCUCCUGAAGAGAACCAUGGAGAAAUCCCUCACCAGUACAAAUGGUCAUCUGGACCUGUUUGUUCGCUUCCUUCACGGCCUCAGUCUGGAGUCCAACCAGAGAGUCUUAGGAGGCCUGCUGGGUCGGACAAAGCACAAACCAAAAAUCAUCCAGAGGGUCUUAGGAGGUCUGCUGGGUCGAACAGAGAACAUUCCAGAGAUCAUCCAGAGAGUCAUCAACAACCUGAAGAAGAUGAAGAGUGAUGACAUUUCUUCUGAAAGAUGCAUAAACAUCUUCCACUGUCUGACUGAGAUGAACGACCACUCAGUUCAUGAUCAGAUGAAACAGUUCCUGACAUCAGAGAACAGAUCGAAGGAGAAACUCUCUGAGAUCCACUGCUCAGCUCUCGCCUACAUGCUGCAGAUGUCAGAGGAGGUUCUGGAUGAGUUGGACCUGAAGAAUUUCAACACAUCAAACCAGGGUCGACGGAGACUGAUCCCAGCUGUGAGGAACUGCAGGAAGGCUCAACUCAGUGAUUGUUUCCUCUCAGAGACUCACUAUGAAGUUGUGGCCUCAGCUCUGAAGUCAGACCCCUCACAUCUGAGAGAACUGGAUCUGAGUAGAAACAACCUGCAGGAUUCAGGAGUGAAGCUGCUGUGUUCUGGACUGGAGAGUCCAAACUGUCGACUGGAGACUCUGAGGUUGAAUCACUGCAGUCUGUCAGAGAUCAGCUGUUCUUCUCUGGCUUCAGCUCUGAGGUCAAACCCCUCUCAUCUGAGAGAACUGGAUCUGAGCUUCAGCCACCUGCAGGACUCAGGAGUGAAGGAGCUGUGUGGUUUUCUACGGAGUCAAACCUGUCGACUGGAGACUCUGAGGUUGUGGAGCUGCAGACUGUCAACGAUCAGCUGUUCUUCUCUGGCUUCAGCUCUGAGGUCAAACCCCUCUCAUCUGAGAGAACUGGAUCUGAGCUACAACGACCUGCAAGGCUCAGGACUAAAGGAGCUGCUUGAUCUACAGCAGAGUCCAACCUGUCGACUGGAGACUCUGGACCACAGACUGAGAGCAGAGUUUCCAGGGUCCAGCUGUCUGUCUCUGAAGAGUGACUGGUCCAUGAGACUUCCUCUAAACUUCAGUAAUGAACCUGGACCCUCACACACAGAGGAGAGGAAGAGGAGUCAUGUCUCUGAGGAGGAGCAGUUUUCCUGCUGUGCUUCGUGUCAGGACGUCCUGAGGGAUCCAGUCUCCACCAGCUGUGGACACUGGUUCUGCAGACAGUGCAUCACCUCAUACUGGGACCAGUCUGGUUCUUCAGGAGACUCCUCCUGUCCCCAGUGUGGACAAGGAUCCAGAACAGGAGCUGGAGCUCAGACAGCCGGUCAGAGCAGCACUGUACAUGUGUCUGCUGAUGUCUUCACUUCUGACAACAGCACAUGUGGUUUUAUUUUGUUCCUUCAUACAGCAUCAACAUUUAACAUCGUGAGAAAAGCACAAAGUUAAAAAGCUUUUAUUUUCUGUAGUUUUUCUGUUUCUGAUGAAAACAAUCAGCAGAUUCUCAGAUUCUCUGUCUCUCACAUUGUUUCUUGUCUUUCAGCAGAUCGUGGUCUGCAGGAGCUUUUAGAUGAACAUAAGCUCAGUGUGAUGAGGAGAUGUGAACAUGUGACUGAAGGAACUGAUAAAAGAGGAAGUAGAACCCUCCUCAACAGGAUCUACACUGAGCUUUUCAUCACAGCGGGACAGAGUGAAGAGGUUAAUACUCAACAUGAGGUGAGGCAGCUUGAGACGGCUUCCAAGAUGAAGAUCCUCCAGGACACUCCCAUCAAGGUCCACGACAUCUUUAAAGCCUCCACUGACCAGCAGAGCAGCAUCAGAGUCGUUCUGACCAACGGCGUCGCUGGCGUUGGAAAAACCUUCUCGGUGCAGAAGUUCACUCUGGACUGGGCAGAGGGUUUAGAAAACCAAGAUGUGGGUCUGCUGGCUGUGCUUUCGUUCAGGGAGCUGAACCUGGUGAAGGACCAGCAGCACAGUCUUCUCACGCUGCUCCAUGUUUUCCAUCCAGCGUUACAGAAGCUCACGGCAGAGACGCUCGCUGUCUGUAAACCUUUGUUCAUCUUUGACGGCCUGGAUGAAAGCAGACCUUCUCUGGACUUCAACCACAGGGAGCUUGUGUCUGAGGUCACACAGAGGUCAUCAGUCAACGUGCUGCUGACAAACCUCAUCCGGGGGAAUCUGCUUCCCUCGGCUCUCGUCUGGAUAACCUCCAGACCUGCAGCGGCCAAUCAGAUCCCUCCUGCAUGUGUUGACAGGGUCACAGAAGUACGAGGCUUCACUGACGCCCAGAAGGAGGAGUACUUCAGGAGGAGAUUCAGUGAUGAAGAGCUGUGCAGCAGAAUCAUCUCACACAUCAAGACGUCCAGGAGCCUCCACAUCAUGUGUCAAAUCCCAGUCUUCUGCUGGAUCAGUGCAACAGUUCUGGAGCACAUGUUGACCACAGACCAGAGAGGAGAGCUGCCCAAGACCCUGACUGACCUGUACUCACACUUCCUGCUGGUUCAGACAAAGAGGAAGAACAACAAGUACGGUGAGGGACAUGAGAUAAGUCCACAGAAGCUGACGGAGGCUGACAGGGACGUUCUUCUGAAGCUGGGGAGGCUGGCAUUUAAACAUCUUAGGAAAGGAAAAAUCAUGUUCUACCAAGAAGACCUGGAGAGGUGUGGUCUUAAUGUCACAGAGGCCUCGGUGUACUCAGGAGUUUGUACUGAGAUCUUCAGAAGAGAGUGUGUGAUCUUCCAGAAAUCAGUCUACUGCUUUGUUCAUCUGAGCGUUCAGGAGUUCCUGGCUGCAGUAUACAUGUUCCACUUUUACACACACACAGAAGAACUCAACAGCUUCUGGGGAACAGAUGGGGACACAGAGAGUACCUCCUCCCUGGAUGACCUCCUGAAGAGAACCAUGGAGAAAUCCCUCACCAGUACAAAUGGUCAUCUGGACCUGUUUGUUCGCUUUCUUCACGGCCUCAGUCUAGAGUCCAACCAGAGAGUCUUAGGAGGCCUGCUGGGUCGGACAGGGAACAAUCCAGAGAUCAUCCAGAGAGUCAUCAACAACUUGAAGGAGAUGAAGAGUGAUGACAUUUCUCCUGACAGAAGCAUCAACAUCUUCCACUGUCUUACUGAGAUGAACGACCACUCAGUUCAUCAGCAGAUGCAACAGUUCAUGACUUCAGAGAACAAAUCAGAGGAGAAACUCUCUGAGAUCCACUGCUCAGCUCUGGCCUACAUGCUGCAGAUGUCAGAAGAGGUUCUGGAUGAGUUGGACCUGAAGAAGUUCAACACAUCAGACCAGGGUCGAUGGAGACUGAUCCCAGCUGUGAGGAACUGCAGGAAGGCUCGACUCGGUGGUUGUGAACUCUCAGAGACUCACUGUGAAGUAGUGGCCUCAGCUCUGAAGUCAGACCCCUCACAUCUGAGAGAACUGGAUCUCAGUUACAACAGGCUGCAGGAUUCAGGAGUGAAGCUGCUGUGUUCUGGACUGGAGAGUCCAAACUGUCGACUGGAGACUCUGAGGUUUGAUUACUGCAGACUGUCAGAGAUCAGCUGGUCUUCUCUGGCUUCAGCUCUGAGUUCAAACCCCUCUCAUCUGAGAGAACUGGAUCUGAGUGACAACUUCCUGCAGGACUCAGGAGUGGAGGAGCUGUGUGGUUUUCUACAGAGUCCAACUUGUCGACUGGAGACUCUGGGGUUGAGGAGCUGCAGACUGUCAUGGAUCAGCUGUUCUUCUCUGGCUUCAGCUCUGAGGUCAAACCCCUCUCCUCUGACAGAACUGAAUCUGAGUAACAACAACCUGCAGGCCACAGAAGUGAAGGAGCUGCUUGAUCUACAGCAGAGUCCAACCUGUCGACUGGAGACUCUGAGGUGGAGGGGGAGGUCUGUGUGGAGCUGAGUGUGAAGAGGACAGUGUGUGUGGACGGAGGCUGAGCUGUGUCCUGAGGAUCCAGAGGCUGAAGCAGCAGCAGCUUGUGUGUAGUCUCCAAUCUACACAACCCCUAAACUGCAUGUGUUUGUGAGAUGAAGCCGGAGCACCUGGAGAAAAAUUCUGUUCCACCUUUGUCCCUCAGUCUGUCUCCAUGUGUGUAGAACCACAUUCUGUGUAUAUGUUUGUUUAUGAUCCUAAAGUUCCUGGAUUCACGUCAAAAAUUGAUUUAGUUCAACACAAAGUUAAACACAUUGAAAUCACUUUGAGUUUAAAAUCAGAGUUUUGUCUUUGACACAAAAGAUCAAAAAAAAUGGGACGUUUUCAUUUCUGCAUCAGGUGCAGAGCGGUGGUGGCUUUUCUACUUUUGACCCACAAGUGGCGCUGCAGUAUAACAGCAGCACAUCCCAGUCAAAGCCUUUAUAUUCUGUCUUUAAAUCAAACACCUGGAUCAUUUCCUCUGUAAGAAACCACAAAAAAAAAAUAUAUAUAACAAUUUACUAGCACUUAAAUGGCACUUACUUAUAUCAAGAAAUUGUACUUUCUUGAUUCUUGUUGUUCUGGGUUUCUACCCCGGGUAGAAUGCACUUAUUUUAAGUCACUUUGGAUAAAAGCGUUAGCUAAAUGAAAUGUAAUGUAAAGAGAAGAAAAACAUGUCAGAGAGAAAGUUCUGUUUCUACUUGUCUCUGCUUUAAUGCUCAAUAAACAUCUUUCCACCGAC